AUAAAUCAGAUCCAGAUGAAAACCAUAAACCCAAGUCUCUUUAUACUCAUCAUGCACAUGAUAAAGACAUCAACACAAUAGCCAUUUCACCAAAUGAGAAAAUAUUUGCAACAGGGUCACAAGAUAAAACCAUAAAGAUAUGGUCAACAAAAGAUGGUAAUUUGGUUGGUAAAUGUUUAGGACAUAAACGUGGUGUCUGGUCUAUUGAUUUCUCCAGGAUGGAUCAGACCUUAUUAUCAAGCUCUGGUGACAAAACCAUAAAAAUUUGGAAUUUGAAUGAUUUCACUUGUUUGAAAACUUUUGAAGGCCAUCAGAACACAGUAUUGAGAUCCGUGUUCAUCACAUCAGGUUCACAAGUUGUUUCAUGUGGAUCAGAUGGAUUGAUAAAAAUUUGGUUGAAUAAGACAACCGAGUGUAUUAAUACACUUGAUAAUCACACUGAAAAAAUUUGGGCAUUGACUGUUAAUAAAAAUGAAAAUUUGAUAAUUUCAGGUGGUGCUGAUAAGCAAGAUUUAGCAAACUAUUUACAAAAAAAAGAUUACAAAAAUGCCAUAUUGCUUGCAAUUAGUUUGGAUCAACCUCAUAGAUUAUUAAAUUUAUUCAAGCAAAUUAUGAAUAAUCGACCUGAAGGUGAUAGCAGUAUAACAGGAUUAAAAACAAUAGAUG